GCUUGGCCUGACCUGGUUCGCAGUGUACAACACGCCGCCAUCCAGCCGCCGUCGGGUGGUUGCCAGUCCCAAGCUUCUCCGGCUGGCGGCGCGCCAAAACCGUAACAACCGCUCCAAUACGAUCGGCGUGGACAGUCAACAGGCACUCUCAGCCCUCUGCCCGGAAAACGCAACUGGUCGGGACUACAUGAUAACUCGGCUCAGCUCGCUGCGGUCCAUAGACACGGACGAGGAGGGCGGCCGGCCGGAGGAUAGCGCGCUGUACGCGCGGCUGGGUCUGCUGCUCGGUUCGGGCGCCGAACCGCGCUCCCCGGGCUCGGAGCGCUCGCGCUCCAGUCGCUCGGGCGCCAGCUCGGGCCGCGACUCGCACGCUUCACUGGCGCACCUCGACGCCAAGUCGGCCAACACCAGCCCCGUCUCGACACUCACCGGUUCGAGUGAGUCUGAGCUGGCGCACCUGCGCUCGGAGCGGAGACACGACAGCUUCGGCUCGCUGAUGUCCAUGUCGCUGAGUGGCUCCACCACCUCUGCCAGCCCGCUCAUCACAGCUCGGCGCAACUCGAUCGGUGGCCACGGAGCUGUCGACGAGCCGGGCGCGUUCCGCAGUCCUCGCGGCCAGCCGGGCAGGAGGUCGGCCCGCUGUCUUCGGGUCACGCCGCCCGCCGAAGCCAAAGCGCGCGUCUCGCCGUUCCGGCCGGCGCCUCUCAGUCUGAAGCCGCUGUUCUUCGAGGUGCCGCAGCAGGAGCAGGACCCGCUGUUCGUAGGCCGUCGCUGGCUGUUCGCCGAACUGAGCCGGGUGCUGCUCGGCUCGCCCAGCCGCGGCUGCGUUCUCGCCGGCAGCGUCGGCACCGGCAAGACGGCCGCCCUCCUCCAGCUGGUCGACUACAGCUGCUUCGGCCGCCGCGCCGCUCGGGAGGACGCCCUCUACCAGGACGCAUUCUCGGGCGGCCCCGGCCGGCCCCGAGCCGUCGUUGGCGGCGGCGGUCUCUUCUCUAGCGUCUGCGCGGUGCCGGAGGAGCUGCGCGGUCUCGGCAGCCGCGUGGUGGCAUACCACUUCUGUCAGGCGGACAACAGCGCCACCUGUCUGGUGCCCGAUUUCGUGCACUCGGUGGCGGCGCAGCUGUGCCAGGCGCCGCAGCUGACCGCCUACCGGGAGCACGUGCAGCGCUCGCCGGCACUGCAGGCGGCGCUGGCGCUGCGCUCGUGCGUCAGCGACCCGUCGGCGGCGCUGUCGCGCGGCGUGCUGGAGCCGCUGCAGCUGCUGCGCCGCACCGGCCAGCUCACGGGCGAGACAUGUCUGGUGGUGCUGGACGCCCUCGGAGAGGCCGAGUACCAUAAGCCAGAGUACGGCGACAACCUGGCAGCUUUCCUGGCGCGCCACCUGAUGAUGUUCCCGUCGUGGCUGAAGAUGGUAGUGACGGUGCGCUCCCAGAUGCAGGGCAUCGCCAGCCUGCUGCCGUUCCACAAGCUGAACCUGGACCGACUGCGCGACACAGACGAGCUGCAGAAGGACCUGGCCGACUACAUCGCCUUCCGCAUCAACAACUCGCCCUCCAUCACCAGCAGCAUCCAGGUGACGGGCGCCAAGGUGGAGGGCAGCAGCCAGUCCCGCUUCAUCGCCCACCUGGCCGAGCUGUCGCGCGGUUCCUUUCUCUUCAUCAAGCUGACGCUUGACCUGAUCGAGCGCGGCCACCUGGUGAUGAAGUCCUCCAGUUUCAAGGUCCUGCCGGUGAGCCUCAACGAGAUCUUCCUGCUUAACUUCAACCUCAAGUUCCCGACGCAGCGGUCCUACGAACAGGUGCAGCCCAUCCUUACAAGCUGCUUGGCCAGCCUCUGUCCGAUGAACGCCUACGAGAUCUAUCACUCGGUGAAUGCCAGCUGCACGCAGACGGCCCUUGGCUGGGACGAGUUCCUGCGCCGCUUCAAGACGCUCUCGGGCUUCCUGGCGCGCCGCAUGGACGACACGUACAUGCUCUUUCACCCGUCGUUCCGUGAGUGGCUGACGCGUCGUGAGGACAACGAGAGCCACAAGUUCCUGCUGGACGUGCGCGUGGGCCACGCCAACAUCGCGCUGCGCAUGAGCCGGCUGGAGGCGCCGCUCGACGCGCAGAAGACGCUCGAGCUGGGCCACCACGUGCUGAAGGCGCACCUCUACAAGAACUCGCGCGAGCUGCCGGUGCCACCGCGCGACCUGCAGGCGCUCUGGGUGGCCGCGGCGUCGGCCGACCUCUCCGCCGCGCUUGUCGCCGACCGCAACGCGCACAGCCCCAACGUCAAGGUGUCGAACCUGCUGCUGCUGGCCGGCGCCUCCCCGGACGCGUCCUCGCCGCAGCGGGACGGUACGCCGCUUCUCGGCUUGUGUGCCGCCGAGGGAUUCGACGAGAUGCUGCAGCUGCUGCUGAAGUUCGGCGCGGCGCCAGACGCGGCCAACGCGCGCGGCGCCACGCCGUUGAUGCUGGCGGCCGCCGGCGGGCACGCCUGCGCCGUGCAGACGCUGCUGCAGUGCGGCGCCAGCGUUGGCCUGCGCGACGCCGGCCGCCGCUGCGCGCUCGUGCAUGCGGCCGUGCACGGCCACCUCAGCGUGGUGGAGUACCUGCUCUGGUGUGACUGGGCGGCCGCCGGCGACCGGCUGACCAUGGCCGAGGCGGCGCAGCAGGCGCUGGUGGCGGCCGCGGGCAACGGCCAUCUGCAGAUCGCCGAGUACCUGCUCGACAUGGAGGAGGUGGCAGUGAACGCGUGCGACAUCCUGCACGGCGAGACGCCGCUGACGAUGGCGGCCGCUGCCGGCCACAAGCCGCUGGUUGAGAUGCUGCUGCGCCGCGGCGCUACCGUCGCCGCCGCCAACUCGAAGGGGGCUCCGCCGCUGCUGGGCGCCGUGCGGGAGGGCCACUGGGACAUCUGCGUGGUGCUGCUGGGCCAGGGGGCGCAGCUGGAGCAGCCGGACGACGCCGGCCGCACGCCGCUCAUCGUGGCGGCUAGCGAGGGGCAUAUGGGCGUGCUCGACCUGCUGAUCAGCAAAGGUGCCUCGCUGGGCCGGGUGGACCGCGAAGGCCUGGCGGCGCUCUCCUGGGCGUGCCUGAAGGGACAGGCGCGCGUGGUGCGUACCCUGCUGGACGCCGGCGCCGACCUGCAGCACACGGACAGCGCCGGGCGCACGCCGCUCGACCUGGCUGCCUUCUACGGCGACGCAGACGUCGUGUCGCUGCUGCUGGACCGCGGCGCGGUAGUGGAGCACGUGGACCUGAAGGGCAUGCGGCCGCUGGACCGCGCCAUCGGCUGCGGUCACGUGCAGGUGGUGCAGUGUUUCCUGAGGAAGGGCGCCAAGCUGGGCGCUACCACCUGGGCCAUGGCCGACGGCAAGCUGGACAUCAUGUUCACCUUGUUGAACAAGCUGAACGAUGACGGCAUGACGCUGUACAAGAAGUGCCGCAUGCAGGAGGCAGACCAUCGCUUUACCUACGCGCUGAAGAAGUUCCCCGAAGGCAAGCUGCGUGAACACGAGGAGCUGUUCCGCCGGCUGCACGUCAAUCUGCUACUGAACCUGUCGCGCUGCAAGCGGAAACUCGGCGAGCACGCCAAGUCCGCCGAGCUUGCUACCCUGGCCAUGAACGUGCGACCGGAGGCGUUUGAGCCCUACUUCUUCCGGGCGAAAGCCAAGCACUCGCAGAAGGAGCUGGACGCGGCGCUGGCGGACCUCAGCGAGGCCCUGCGGCUGGCGCCCAACAACCGCGAGGUGCGCCGCACAUUACUGCAGGUGCGCGAGCAGAUCCAGCACCCGGAGCUGGUGCCGCGCCCCCACCUGCUCGCCUCCAUGGACCCGCUCGUCAUGUCCCAAGGCUGAGCGCGCCCGGCGCCGCCGCCGCCGCCGCCGCCGAGAACUCAUGACGUCACUGCGCGCCGCUGCCCGCCCUGUGCCAAAGACGGGGAAUGCGAGGAAAUCAAAAGAAGGAUUCCAGAUAACUGCAUUUAUCUGCGCGAGUUCUUGUUGACGUGGCAGCUCAGAGGAUUUGUCCCGCAUUUUACCACAUGACGGCUUCGCGUUGGUGCCCA